UCUCUUUCGCUUUCAUUCGCUCGCUCCACAAAAAUGAGGGACGUUCGCCGCCUGUCGGCUGCAUGUUCCAUCUCCCGUGUGCUCCUUCUCCUGCUGGCACUGGCCGCGCUGCUCUGCGCAUGUUCACCUGCAUCUGCCGCCAAUCUGCGCGCACAAUCUCAAUCUCAAUCUCAAUCUCACUCGCAGGCUCACUCUCGGGUGACCUCGAGCAGCAACAAAACCACCCCGACGAUCGCGACGACACCGGAGCUCGAUCCAGAGGUGCUCAAGCGACUGCCCGUCGACACGGACGCGAGCAGGUUCAAGGACAUUGCCGUGGACACGCUCAGGCGAGCGCGCGCGGCAAUGCGAGACCGCCACUUUGAGGUCGCCGAGCUGCUGCUGUCCCAAGUGCUGGGCAGCCGACGCCAGAGCCGCAAAGAGCUCCUCAUGCAGAUUGUCAAUGCGCUCGACAACAACAACGACGAUGGCGACCGCGGGCGGGACUGGGACAAGGUCGACUUUGGCAGGAAGGACAUUUACCAAGCGCAAGCGCACGUCGCGUCGGCAUCGCCGGAAGCAUAUCGCCUCGAGGCCGAAAUGAUGGCAGAGCUGUAUGUCGCCACUGCAAUGAUUCAGAUUGAUGUCGCGCCGACGCUGGAGGCGCAGAACGAGCACAUUGGCAGAUUGUUUAGGGACAUGCUGCAACGGUCGUUUGCCGACAAACCGCUGCUCAUGCACAGCUUGCACUCUGCGCAAAUGCUCAUUCCAUUUGUCAACGACCCGACGGAAGCAGUCGAGUGCUUGACUGCGAUUGCCGAACACCCGGAUGCCACAGACAAUCCCACGACGCUCGCGUGGGUCGCAAAGUCCUUCCUUCGAUUUGGCGAAAAGGCGGCGUCGCGCAAAGCGUACCAGCGGGUUGUGCUGGGUGAGGCUCGCAGGGCGCAGGCUCUUCUCGGACCAGCUCUCACGAACGACGAUGCCAGCUUGACGUACCAGCGCAAGUACACCCCGGUAACCGAGAUGCAUGCGACCGCUUGCGAGGCGCUUGCUCGGGCUGCGCAGCUCGAUCAUGUAUGGUCUCGGGUUUCGGCGUACAUCCAGUGUGCCAUGAGAUUCCCGCCCAACCGCCGGAAGCCAGAGCUGCUUGAUCAGCUGACGAACGCGUUCGCGGCUAGGGGCAACUACACCCACGCUCUCGCAUUGUAUUCUGUGCUUGGUCCGCUUGGCCUGCCCUUUUCAUCCGCGCUAAUGGAUCAGAUUCCUCAGACAUCCGGCGCAGAAUCGGAGGAGCUGCCUGUGGUCCGAUCGGGUCCCAUCUCCGCCCACCGAUUAUCUCGGCUGCUCGUCCCUGAAAUCCUUGCCUCUGUCGCCUCCAACCCCGACUUUCCCUACGUGGACGAGCUUGGCGGCCAGCAUUGGACGGCGUUCGACGCAUUCCAGACCGGUAAACCUGCCGUGUUUGACGGCGCCGUGCACAAGAUGCUGCUCAAACUGCUCGCGUUAAGUUUGCACCCGCAGGGCCUCUUUUGGGUGCAUCAUCGUGAAUACCUCGCCUCGCCACCAGAUUUACAGUUUGACAGCCACUAUGUGCCCUUUGAUCGGUAUCCUCGAAAUCUCAUUGAGCAGAUAACCUGGCUGAUUGGAGAUUUCUUGCCCCCAGCCAUCCGAGCACGCGUCGUCGGCGCAGAAUACUGGGUAACUCGAAGACCUGCAAUGGAAGCCAGUUACACGACGCCGAGCGAGCGACUGCGGUGGCGGAUGGAUCGUAACCAAUUCACCGGAACUGGAAAAAUUCGCCAUCCAGACUACAUUGCCGUGUUUAUGACUGAUCGCUGGAGCGGCCCGUUCGUUGUCAGCAACACGACGAUGGAGUCCGGGUUUAGUGAAACCUUUCGCGAGAACGAGCACCGUAGCUGGGUGAUUCCUGCGCGGCGAAAUCGCGUUGUCGUUUUUCCGGGCUCCUACUUGUACGGAUCGCUGCCCCACAAUGGCACUUGGUCGAAACGCUACGAUGACCCUGUCUUGUUUGUGGCAUUCUGGCUGGACACCCCCUGCGCCAUCUCGACCACCCAACCGGGCCCGUGUGCAUUGGACGACCCUCCGGAGUUGUUUGAAGGACGGAUUCUGCCUGGCAGGACGGCAGAUCGCAGUGCGUAUGCGAACAUGUGGCAAGACGAUGUGCGCCUUUGGACCCCCGAGGAGCGAGAGCAUAUAACCAACCCGAAUCGGAAGCUCAUUGAACCCUUACGCCCCGACCCGACGAAUGUGUAUGUGCCGGUUUUGACGAACAUUGUGAAUCCGAGCGCGCAUCUAUUCCUGGCGGGUCCAGUCAGUCAAAGUGCUCUGGAGGAUGCCUCUCGGCGUCAUGAGGAACGUCAGAAGGAAAAGACAAUCCUGACCACGGACCGCCCGCACCGCAAUAACGGAGGCCACGACAAGGCUCAGCUCAAGAAUCCUGCAGGAAAGCGCUUUGCCGUCCAGCCGUUUGUGCCACCAAAAGAACCGACGCUCGAAGAGCUCUUUCCCCUGACCAUGCCGAACUGGCGGAGCUGGCGAGUGAGCGGGACGCGCGAACAGCUCGAGUGGAUCAUGGUGACCGAGGCACUCGAGGUCCGCACACAAGUCGAGCCGAUUGAGGUCUUGGCACCUUGGCGCCUGCUUUCCCGUGUUGAGCAGGAUCAGCUUUUGGAUGCGCUGAUUGGCACAGGCGAACAAGAGUGGCUCGCUGGGGAUAUUUCUUCCUUGCUCCCGGUCGUUGCAGUCGAUCACCACACGGAAGCCUUCGAUCUGCGCUUGCGCCAGGCAGAGUACCUGGUCUCUCUCGCCGAUGGGCUUUUCAGGAUGGAGCAGUACACGGCAAUGGUACACCCUUUGAAUCAAACCCGUUCCAUCCGCCAGGCUGUGGGGCAAUGUGUCACGGCAGACUUGCUGGAGGCGCCUUCCACAGUGGCUGACGAAAGCGAGGUUGGCUGUCCCUGCACGACUAACUGGACACGCGUGGACGCGCAGUUCCGGCUAUUGGAGCUCAUGCCCAUGUUGACCAUGUCGGACGAGUUUGCGAGUGAACUCCAAGCUCGGCUCGAACAACAGCCAGACCGCGAGAGCGCAGACCAGUUCCUGCAACACCUCUCUGCGCAACGGACUUUGGCAUUUGAAACGCUUGGGCGCCUCGGCGUUAUCGAUCCCGCGCUCGUUCCACGCACUGCACCUGUUGUUGUGCAUUGGUUGCUUGCGCGCAACGAGUGCGCCCUGGCCAUGCCUUUCAUUGAUGCCAUUUUCGCCACCGAGCCCAUUUACUCCAUCCUUCAAGCUGGCAUCGCUUGCCUUGAGCAAAAUGAUGUUGCAAGCUACACGGUCGCCGCCAAUAUGUUGGUCAAGGCACUCGAGCUCCGCCCCAACGACCGGUACCCAUGCAAGCUGCUGGCAAUGCUGUACACGCCGAGUAAACUAAACGACCUUCAAACUGCCAAGCGGUACCAAGCAUGUUACGAUAAUUGGACUCGCCACCGCGCCGAAAAACAAACGGCCAUGGAUCAAGCGGCGCAGCCUCCUGUGCUGCGCAGCACAAUUUAUGUGUAAUGGCCGUGCCGAUUAUUUUCUUUCUUGUACUUUUAACGCUCUUCCCCACAACAUGAUGAGGGCGGGAAGAUUUUCUAUGAGAUAUUGCCUGUUAUUUCUGUUCGAUUGUUUUCGCGUUGGAUUGGAGUUUUUUUGUCUGUUUUUUUUUUUUUUUUUUCAAAAUUUGAUUACCAAUAAACACUGUU